CAUCAUUAAGUCUCCAGCUCUGCAGUAGAGAAGAGACAAGAAAAGAGAAAAAUUCUAUAGACCUGUUUGUUGCAAAGAAAAAUAUAAUCUCCUCGAAUCGAGGACUCGUGCUAGUACUCAAUUUGAUCAAAGUAUUAUAUCGAGUGUUAUAAAUAUUUGAAAACAUGGUAUCGGUGUCUAUCCUUUUGCGAAGGAGUCAUAGUGUACAAGUGUUGUAUUCUUCGUUUUAAUUCAAACGAGUUUACUAUUCAAUAAUUAUGAUCUUGAAAGGAUGAAUUGUGUCAAUGAACAAUGUGUAAUAUUUAUAUGUAAUAUUUAUGUGUAAUUUAUGGUAAUAAUCGUACAUCGUGAAAUGCCGAAAAAAUUCGAAACGAUCAGUAGAUGACACGAAGAGACUCGAAUCGAUUCGAAAUUGUUGUCUCUUUGUAAUUAUGAUAAAAACGUAUCUGAUGCAUCUCACAAAAAUUGAUGUAUCCUUGGACGCGGUAGCGAAGCGAUUCGCUUGCAAGCGUAAAGAUAUUUUGCCUUUAACUUUGAAAUUAAUUCUAUUUGUUACCGUCUUUUAUUGCGAGGUUCGAGCUAAUGUAACACCAUAUACGAUAAGAAAAACGAGCCUUGGCUUAAUUCGUAGAGUUCAUCGCGACGAUUCUAGUAUCAAAGGGCCAAUCGUUGAUUGGCGCCAAGAGAACCAACGAGUGGAACAUGCCGAAGAUCUAGAAAAUUUAAGAUCUUCAAAAAACACGAAUGAAAAUGUACAUUUUGAUUUAUCAUCGCUUUUCAAUGCUGCCAAAAAUAUUACGAAAGUUGACAAGACGAUCGGUGGUGAACUUACGAAUCAUACAAGAUUUAAGAGAGGUGUCAUUCAUCUUUACAAUAUGGUAGUGUGUGCUACAGGAUGUAAUCCUUUGGUAUAUAAAGGAUAUGGUUGUUAUUGUGGCUUCUUAGGAUCCGGAUAUGUCAUUGAUGGAAUCGAUCGGUAUAUCCUUAAUUUUGUAAUAUAAAUAAAAGUGUGUUGUAAAAUGCAUGAUUGGUGUUAUGAUGCUACAGAAUGUCCUAUAUUCAUGGAAUAUAUAGCACCCUAUUAUUGGAGAUGUUAUCAUGGUCACAAACCUGUAUGUGCCGUUGAGCAUGGUAAAUGGGGAGGAUCGGGAUCGUGUGCACAACGUUUGUGCGAAUGUGAUAGAUCAUUAGCAGAAUGCUUGCGCCGCUACCCUUGUCCAACUACAAAAGCUGUUUGUACUUCAUCACCUUGGAGACUAGUACAAAAUCUUUUCAUGAUUAUGUAA